CACAUGACUUCUCUGGAAUGUUCGAGCUCUUUUCUGCUGCCCAUAAAAGCUAUUACCAUCUGAUCUCCACAUUUAUCACGCAAAAGCUAUUACCAAAAUCUAUUUUCCUUUUCUAUCUUUAAGCUUUCGCUCUUAUCUCUUUCUCCUUUCAGCAAUGAGCCGCCACCCAAUUGUGAAGUGGGCACAGAGAAGUGACAAAGUGUUCAUAACUGUUGAGUUGCCUGAUGCUAAAGAUGUAAAGCUUAAGCUUGAACCUGAAGGGAGAUUCAUCUUUUCUGCUACUAAAGAUGAUGUUCCUUAUGAAGUUGACAUUGAACUGUUUGAUAAGGUUAAUGUAAAGGAGAGUAAGUACAAUAUUGGUGUGAGAAGUAUUGUUUAUGACAUAAAGAAAGUAGAGAAGAAAUGGUGGGGCAGGUUGAUUAAGCAGGAAGGAAAGACUCCUGUCUUUCUCAAAGUUGACUGGGAUAAGUGGGUUGACGAAGAUGAUGAGAAUGAUAAAGGUCACUUUGAUGUGGAUGACAUGGAUUUCUCGAAGUUAGACAUGGGUGGGGACGAUUUUGAAAUGGACGAGUUGAAGGAUAAAGAAGGAGAAGGCGAAAACUAGGCGAAAACUAAAAAAAGGAAGGGAAAGAAGCGGAACCGAGUACAUCAGCUACUAUGGAGGCUAAGGCUUGAUUGUCUUGGAAAGUGACCAUAACGAAUUUCAACUUGUUAUAAUAUGUGCCUACAAAUUUUACAAAGUGUACGUUUCAUGGAUGGACCCCUAAAAUGUCAUGAAAAAUUAUGUACUUCUUUUCUUUUUCUUUUGAAAGAAAAUAACCUUCUAUCUGUUGGAAAUUAAAGGAAGAGUCUGCGCUUCCCAGAACAAGUUGCU